AUGACCGAAGUGUUUUUCACUUCUUCUGGUCUUCCCAAGACCCGAAAACCAAACUUCUCGGAAAAUGAGACUGUGUAUAUCUUGGAACAAGUGUGCGCGUACAAAGACAUUCUGAUUUCCAAGUGCACCGAUUCCAUCACGAACGUCAGGAAACAAGAGGUCUGGCGCAAACUGACGGAGGGAAUCAACUCGAAAAAUAUCCACGUCAAGCGGUCGGUCGGGGAGAUCAGACGCAGAUGGAAAAACAUGAUCUGUACGGCGAGGAAAGAGGCGUUGAGAUUGAAACGAGUACCGCCCGGUGCCGGGUACGUGCCGCCCAUAUCCGACAUAAGCCAGAGGGUGCUCGAUAUCAACCCGGAGUGGAGGGAAUUCUCAGACUCUGUUCUAACUUCGACGGACAACGGGAAUAUUCCAUUCAUGAAAGUGGAAGUCGAUUUCGACGAUGACGAAGAUGAAGGGGAAUAUUGUGCAAUGAGCCCGAGUCCCAACAGUAGUUUAACCACCCUCGGCCAUAAUGGGAGUGUUAAUGUAGACAAUACGAGUCCACCAAUGACAAUUGAGAAUGAACGUCACGUGAUUAUGCCACCCGUGGUUACGUCAUCUGUUGUGUCGUCUGGUAUCAUUCUGAACACUAGUGCGAGUACGCCUAGCAUGCUCCAUGUGAACGAAUCGGCGGCUUCGCAAUAUGUGGGCGAAAAGUUCCAGCACAGUGCUAAGCGACAAAGAAUCGACCACAGCGCGUUUCAUCUGCACCAAGAAAUGGUGAACUUUGAUCGAGAAAAUCUAUCUUUGGAAAAAGAUAAGCUAAAAAUAGAAAAGGAAAAGCUGGCGAUGGAAAAGGAACAGAUUGCGAUCGAAAGACAAAAACUAAAUAUGGAACGUGAAAAAUUGACAUUAGAAAAAGAAAAAAUUUCAAUGGAAAAAGAAAAAUUGGCGUUGGAAAUAAGUUACUGGAAACGUAAACUUUUACAAAUAAGUAACAGUUCUUAUUAUAAUAUUGACGAUGAAUGUUGA